CAUUGAAAGAGAUUCACCAGCUGCUUAACUGUAUCUUCCUCUUCACACCAACAAAAAUUAACCGAACACCUACAAAUCUCAUUGAGCAUCAAUUCUAGCUCAACACUCUCCCACUCUUUCUCUUUCUUCAAUUCAGCUACAAUUUCCUUCUAAAUUUUCUCAUGAACCCAGAAUUCAGCACCUAAAAUUCAAUCCUCGCAAUACUGUAAUACCCCAGAAAGUUCAAAUCUCUGAGCAUUAUGAAACAAUUGCACAAACAAUGCAGCUUGAAUCACAGACGAGAUGAAACCAUGCCCACAACCUUAACCUCCCCAUACUCACCCAAAACUCUCAAACACCCAAGAUCUCUCUCAAGAUCGGUCAACUACCUAUUCAAAGAACAAAGACUGAUCUUUAUCCUGGUGGGUUUUCUCAUUGGCUCCACAUUCUUCAUCAUCCAACCAUCUCUGUCCCCGCUAAUCCCUUCUGAACCCCAUUCUUCAAUACCCAGAUUUUUUCCAGUCAUCAGUCAUGAAUCUAUGUCAGACCCAUUUCGUGGUGUGAGCAAUUUUGGGGUUGGGAAGGCGGCUGGAAGGCUUCCGGUGGGCAUUGGACGAAGAAGGUUGAGAAUAGUGGUUACUGGUGGAGCUGGAUUUGUUGGGAGCCAUUUGGUUGAUAAGCUAAUUGCCAGAGGGGAUGAUGUGAUCGUCAUUGAUAAUUUCUUUACUGGAAGGAAAGAAAAUGUGAUGCACCAUUUUAGGAAUCCGAGGUUCGAGCUUAUUAGACAUGAUGUUGUUGAACCCAUUUUGUUAGAGGUGGAUCAGAUCUAUCACUUGGCUUGCCCGGCUUCGCCAGUUCAUUAUAAGUACAACCCGGUGAAAACUAUCAAGACCAAUGUGGUAGGCACACUUAACAUGUUGGGACUAGCAAAGCGAAUUGGUGCGAGGUUCUUGCUCACAAGUACAAGUGAGGUUUACGGUGAUCCACUGGAACAUCCGCAAAAGGAGUCAUAUUGGGGAAAUGUGAAUCCA